UCACUCUUUUGCAUCAAAUAUUAAUCUAGAAUUCAUUCAUCUCUUCAAUCUUUUGUAUUCACACAUUCUAUUUAUUAUUAACUCAUUUAGAAACACAUUCUUUACCAAGAAAGAUGGAGAACUUCCCAAUUAUCAACUUGGAAAAGCUCAAUGGAGCUGAGAGAUCCAACACCAUGGAAAUGAUUAAAGAUGCCUGUGAGAACUGGGGCUUCUUUGAGUUAGUGAACCAUGGGAUUCCACAUGAAGUAAUGGACACUGUGGAGAAAUUAACAAAGGGGCAUUACAAGAAGUGUAUGGAACAGAGGUUUAAAGAAUUGGUGGCCAGCAAGGGUCUUGAAGCAGUGCAAGCAGAGGUUACUGAUUUGGAUUGGGAAAGCACUUUCUUCUUGCGCCAUCUUCCUGGUUCUAACAUCUCUCAAGUACCCGAUCUUGAUGACGAAUACAGAGAGAUCAUGAGAGAUUUUGCUAAAAGACUUGAGAAGUUGGCUGAGGAGUUACUGGACUUGCUCUGUGAAAACCUUGGGCUUGAAAAGGGUUACUUGAAAAAGGCAUUUUAUGGAUCAAAAGGUCCCAAUUUUGGGACUAAGGUGAGCAAUUACCCACCAUGCCCCAAGCCCGAUUUGAUAAAGGGACUCCGCGCUCAUACAGACGCUGGUGGCAUAAUACUUCUAUUCCAAGAUGACAAAGUGAGCGGCCUUCAACUCCUCAAAGACGGACAAUGGAUUGAUGUUCCUCCCAUGCGCCACUCUAUUGUGGUUAAUCUUGGUGACCAACUUGAGGUGAUCACCAACGGAAAAUACAAGAGUGUGAUGCACAGAGUUAUUGCUCAAACAGACGGGACUCGAAUGUCACUAGCUUCGUUUUAUAAUCCAGGAAAUGAUGCAGUAAUCUAUCCAGCACCAACUUUGGUUGAGAAAGAGGAAGAGGAAAGCAAACAAGUUUACCCAAAAUUUGUGUUUGAUGAUUACAUGAAGUUAUAUGCUGGACUCAAGUUUCAGGCCAAAGAGCCAAGAUUUGAAACCAUGAAGGCCAUGGAAGCAGAUGUGAAAAGUGAUCCGAUUGCAACUGCUUAGAUUCCAAUUUAAUUGGAAAGAUGGAGUUUGAAAAGAAAAUGAUUCGUUUUAGAAGUUUUACUAAUUAAACCUUGUCAUAUAUACACAUUAUUUCCUCUUCUUUUGUAAGGUAGAAUCAAGCUAUUCAAAAUGAUUGUGAUUUGCUCCAUAUGUAGGAGUAAAGGUUGUAUAUCAAAACAAAUUAGCAAAUAAAUGCUGCCUUUUAGGGCGAGGUUAUAUAAAUAA